CUCCACCGUGAAAACACAUCCCAUACAACAGUGACCGACCACGAACCUUCGCGAAAUGUGCCACCGAGUGUUGUUUCUGUGCGGUUUCCUGCUGCUAGGCUUACAGUGUGGUUGGCAGACGCUAGCCGAGGACUGUAUGGACAUAAAGAUUUACACCACAAAGGUUGCUUCCUGCUGCCACCUGGAAGAAUUCCUAACUCUAAAGACGUACGGCAGUUGUUUGAACACUAUGGAAGAAAAGUAUCCCGAUUCAACCCUGGAUUAUUUGGUCUGUGGACUCGACUGUACGUACCGAGAGAUGGGCAUCCUGACGGGAGAGGAUGACAUUAACGUAGAACAGAUCAGCACUAACCAAGCGGUGCACGGUGAGGCGUACCAGGAAGCGAUUGCCAAAGCCGUCGAUGCAUGUCUUACACAGAGGGAAGAGUUCCGCGAGCAAGCAAAAUUGACUCAGACGGAGUGUAUAAAAAUCCGAAACAUUUUCCACCAUCCUAAAAGCAAUCGGAAUUGCCGUACUGCUGCCAGACGGAACCACUCAUCCCGGAACACGUGUCGACGAAAUUGCUACCAGCAGUGCAUUUACGAGGAGCUGGAAGCUGUCGAUGGGUUGAAGAUACGGGUGGAAAAGCUGUACGCAAUGGCGGAAGGAUUUCCCGCCGAUUAUCGGCACGCAGUCCAUCUGGCGAUCGAUGAGUGUGCUAAAAGACUUCGCAAGACAAGGCAUAUGUUCGAACAGAUGAACGCACAGUGCUCACUGUUUGGUUUUGCAGUGGAUCGUUGUGUGCGUUUGCUGAUCUACGACAACUGUCCCACCGCACGAUGGAGUGCUGGCGUUGCCUGCACUAAGAGCCGACAGGGUGUACCGUUUUGUUGAAAAGGUAUGAUCGA